AAUUAAAAAAUUCUAGAAAUGUCAAAACUCAAAACAAACAAAAUGGCGCAAGGUGACGAUCCUUAUGUACAGGUUUGCAAGGGAAAAUUGCAGUUAAAAGGUGAUAACGGCAUUAAAAAGAAAAAAAAGAAGAAAAGUAAGAAGUUGUUGGAUCAAGUGAGCAAAACUGUUGAAAGUGAGACACCGGAAUCAAAGCCUGCGAGACAAAAAACAAAAGCAGAACUUGCAUUCCUACAAAUGCAAGAAAAAAUGCAAACUCAAAGAAUAUUGGAAAAAGCGUCAAUGACACACAAGGAGAGAGUGGAAAAAUUCAACCAACAUUUGGACGGGCUUACUGAACACUUUGACAUACCCAAAGUCUCAUGGACUAAGUAAAUUUAUUUAUUUUUAGUUUGUUAAUUAAUUAAACUUCUUAUUUACACUAUUA